AUGGAUAAUUGGAGGCAAAAUAAUUAGAGAAGAUUUGUUCUUGAUAAUGGGUCAUAUCAAAUUCGAUAUGGAAAUGAUGUUUAGAAACACAAGUAAUUGAAUCUUAUUGCACAUCUAAAAAAGACAGGGUAAAUGAUCUAUGAUUUUGAUACAUUGUUUGAUGAAUCCUAAGUAAUGACAUAUUACAAACCUCAUGUAAGAGGAGUCCUUGUAGAUUUUGAUAAAUAAAUCAAUAUAUGGUAUCAAGCAAUCUAAUUUAUUAUAGGGACAAAUUUCUGAAUCCAAAAUUAUUAAAGGAUUGUUCAAUCACUUAUCCAUUUUAACCAUUUACACCUGAUUAAGUUGUCAAUAAACUCUUUGAUGUGAUGUUUGAAUAUUAUAAUGUAGAUGCAUUUUGUCCAAUAAAUGCUUAAAAAAUGCUCUAUUACAAUGUUUUGGCUAGAGAAGGUCUUUAGAGAAAAUAAUUUACAUAUAUAAUAGAUACAAGUCAUAGUGCAACUUAUUUAGUGCCAAUUUUUGAUGGAGAAAUCAUGUAUAGUGGUUUAAGAAGAAUUGAUAUUGGUGGAAGAUUGUUAACUAAUUAAUUAAAAGAAAACAUUUCCUUUAAAUAAUUUGAUUUAAAAAACUAUUUUCUUUUAAGUAGUAAAAUUAAAGAACUUUUAUGUUUUGUUUCAAUGAAUUAUUUUUAAGAUAUGAAAAAACCUAAGAAUUUUUUUAGAAAAUAUUACAUUUUACCAGAUUUUGAAAUUAGAAGAGAAGGAUAUGCUGUUGAUUUAUUAAAUGUAGGAUUUUUAGAUGAAAAAUUAAUACUCGAUAAAGAAAGGAUUACUAUACCAGAAAUUCUAUUCCAUCCUACUGAAAUUGGAUUAGCUUAAAAAGGUCCUACUGAAACCUUUUUUGAUAGUUUAUCAACUAUGCAUAAAGAUUUAUAGGGAUAUUUUGCAGAAAAUGUUUAUCUAAGUGGUGGUAAUAGUUUUUUUAGUUCUUUUUAUGAAAGACUAUCAAAUGAAAUUAGAUAAAAUUCUUCAUAAGAUUGGAAUGUUAAUGUAACACACCUUGAUGAUAUUGAUUCUGUUUUUUAAGGAACUCUAAAUUUCAAUAGAAGCAAUGAAUUUUAAAAUGCUUGCUUUACUAAAGCAGAAUACUUAGAAAAAGGUUUUGACAAUAUCAAAUAAUAUAUAAUUUGA